UUUCCAUGUUUGUGUCUUAUUAAUCUGCCUUUUUCUUACUUGAAUGUACAGAGUAGCAGUAAAUGGGUCCAUCUGACUUGGAGAGCAGGGAUGGAAGAGUUUUGGCCUUACUCCCUGGUGAGAACACAGAGGAAGAGGCCAGCACAAUCAGACUAGAUGUCUGCACCAGCCGUGACUAUCUUGGUGGAUCUAGAAGGAAGUCAUCUUACAGAUUACUGCUUCGUCCAGGCAUUUGUCACAACCAGCUCUCCACAGAAGCUGUCUUCACCAUUAAGGGAAACUUGAUUUACAAACUAUAUUUAAUGAAAGAAAAGCAUCCUGCAGCCAAAGCUGCAAAUAUUUGGCAAAUGGCUCCAUUGAAAGCUUUCCACAGGAUGUCAGUCAGCUCCAAAGCUGCUAUACCUCUAAUGUUGCUGUUGAGAGCCAAAUUACCUGGAGGAGGUCACCAGAGCAGACCACGCCAGCCUGAAGUUACCCAUGCAGCCCUUGAAAAGGGACAGGAUCUGAUGCUGCAGAGAGUGGAAGCUCUCAGGUGUGCAGCCAUUUUCUCUAUAACUUCUGGUCACCCUGAAGUGGUCAGGCAUUUGGAUGAGAUGAUCAUUGUAGGUCCCUUCCAACUGGACUAUUUAUUCUAUGCUCAUGUCUUUUUGUACAGUAGUGCUGGUUUAGGAGUAUGUCAUAUUUUAGAGUUGUCAGGAAUACAUCAGUCUGACACAAGCUCAUGUGAGGACCUGAAGAAAAGCAAACGUGGCUUUGAAUAAUCUGAGAUUUGGCAGAUUUGGGCCUAAAGAUCAAUGCUUAUUUCUAUGAUAA